AGAUUACAGUAGUGGAGAGAGUUGUUGUCGGAGUGGGAGGAAGAGAGCUGCGAGCACAGGGGGGGAGGUGAUCGAAAUAAUAUUAUUUACAGAUAAACACGCAGAACGAAUCGGGAUUAUCAUGGCGUCAGGGGACACCCUGUACAUCGAAACGGACGGGUCGGAGAUGCCAGCAGAAAUAGUAGAACUGCAUGAAAUCGAGGUGGAAACCAUCGAGACGACAGUUGUCGGGGAGGACGGCGAACAGCAGCCGAUGAUCGCCUUACAGCCGCUGGAUGAUCCGCACCACCUCCACUCGCACCAGGAGGUGAUCCUGGUGCAGACCCGAGAGGAGGUGGUCGGAGAGGAGGACUCGGAACUGCACACGGAGGACGGGUACGAGGACCAGAUCCUGAUCCCCGUGCCCGCCGUUGAGGAGGACUACAUCGAGCACACUCUGGUUACUGUAGCCGGGAGAAGCACGUCCGGAGGCCGGGUUAAGAAGAGUGGAAGCGGGAAGAAAGCGGGCAAAAAGAGCUACAUGAGCGGUGGAGAGAUGGGCCGAAAGUGGGAGCAGAAGCAGGUCCAGAUAAAGACUUUGGAGGGGGAGUUUUCUGUUACUAUGUGGGCUUCAGAUGACAAGAAGGACAUUGUUCACGAGGAGCAGAUCGCAGGGGAGAACUCUCCUCCGGAUUAUUCUGAAUAUAUGACGGGGAAGAAGCUCCCCCCAGGAGGCAUCCCGGGCAUCGACCUGUCCGACCCCAAGCAGCUGGCAGAGUUUGCACGAAUGAAGCCAAGAAAAGUAAAAGAAGAUGAUGCACCCAGGACAAUAGCCUGUCCACAUAAAGGAUGCACCAAGAUGUUCAGGGACAACUCGGCGAUGAGGAAGCAUUUGCACACCCACGGGCCUCGUGUGCACGUCUGCGCAGAAUGUGGCAAGGCGUUUGUGGAGAGUUCAAAACUGAAGAGACAUCAGUUGGUCCACACAGGAGAGAAACCUUUCCAAUGCACGUUUGAGGGAUGCGGCAAGCGCUUCUCUCUGGACUUUAACCUGCGCACUCAUGUGCGGAUUCACACUGGAGACCGCCCGUACGUCUGCCCCUUCGACGGCUGCAACAAAAAAUUUGCCCAGUCGACCAACCUGAAGUCUCACAUCCUCACACACGCCAAAGCCAAAAACAACCAGUAAGACAUCCAACCCCGAACGACCAGAACCGGCAGGAAAACCGGAGGACCUCCGUCUGCUUCUGGGUGAACUGACCCAAUGUUGCUUGGACUGCUUUUUCUCUGAGACGACUCUCUUUGUACUGCAGAUAGAAAAAACAAAACAAAAAAAACAGAAACGAAUCCCUUUUUUGUGAAACUUUUGAUAAUAAACGGAGGUCCAACGAAGCUGGCCUCUACCCGAAUGGAAUAUUUUAGAGUUUCUUCUCAUGAAGAUGUUAAUUCAUGGAUCUGCACCUGGAAAACUUAUUUAUACCUUUACACAAAUAGUUGUGAAAUUUGCAUUAAUCUUCACCAGCGUCUCAGUUUUGUACCUCCCCCCUAAGUGUGCAUAUUGUACACUGUUUGAUGUAAGCUUUGUGGUCUGUAUGUAUUCAAGACGGUCCUGUAGGGCUUCCUGCAAGGUUUCAAAGUUCGUUUCCCUUUGUUCUCCUUCACGGCUCCGUUUCUCAGGAGGUUUGUAGCUUUUCGUUUUCUACAACACAUGUAGAUAACCAUGUGAUUUUAGUUUAUUCUUUUUUUUUUUUCCAGUAGAUAUCAUUGAUUAAAUCGUUUCUCCCAAUUGCA